AUGUCAAAUAUUACAAAAGCUUGGAAACUUAUCUGUGAUGUUUCCCGUCAAGAGUUUAAUAAAAUCUAUGACGCAUUGGACAUCUCUUUAAUAGAGAGAGGGGAAUCCUUCUAUCAAGACAGGAUGAAUGGAAUUGUAAAGGAAUUAGAAGAUAAAGGAUUUGUGCAAGUGGAUGAUGGCAGAAAGAUUGUGUUUAUCCCAGGAUGUUCUAUACCAUUAACCAUAGUAAAAUCAGAUGGAGGUUAUACCUAUGAUACAUUUGACCUGGCUGCUCUUAAGCAAAGACUAUUUGAGGAAAAAGCAGAUAUGAUUAUCUAUGUGGUGGACAGUGGACAAUCUGUGCACUUCCAGACCGUAUUUGGUGCUGCUCAAAUGGCUGGUUGGUAUGACCCUAAAGUAACUCGAAUGUCUCAUGCUGGAUUUGGUGUGGUGCUGGGGGAAGACAAGAAGAAGUUUAAAACACGUUCAGGUGAAACAGUGCGCCUCAUAGACUUUCUGGAAGAAGGACUAAAACGAUCCAUGGACAAAUUGAAGGAAAAAGAAAGAGACAAGGUCUUAACCGCAGUGGAAUUAAAGGCUGCUCAGACAUCUGUUGCUUAUGGUUGUAUCAAAUAUGCUGAUCUUUGUCAUAACCGGUUGAAUGACUACAUCUUCUCCUUUGACAAAAUGCUGGAUGACAGAGGAAACACGGCUGCUUACUUGUUGUAUGCCUUCACUAGAAUCAGGUCUAUUGCACGUCUGGCCAAUAUUGAUGAAGAGAUGCUCCAGAAAGCUGCUCAAGAGACCAAGAUCAUUUUGGACCAUGAGAAGGAAUGGAAACUAGGCCGGAGCAUUUUACGGUUUCCUGAGAUUCUCCAGAAGAUUUUAGAUGACUUAUUUCUCCACACUCUCUGUGAUUAUAUCUACGAGCCGGCAACUACUUUCACAGAAUUCUAUGAUAGCUGCUAUUGUGUGGAGAAAGAUCAACAAACUGGACAAGUGUUGAAGGUAAACAUGUGGGGUAUGCUGCUUUGUGAAGCAGUAGCUGCUGUUAUGGCCAAGGCGUUUGAUAUCCUGGGAAUAAAACCUGUCCAAAGAAUGUAA